UAUUUCAUUUUUAAAAUAUAAAUGCAUUUAGAACAUCGUUCUGAUGAUAGAAGUGACAAAUAACAAACAUUCUCGGUGGCAGUUAUGAGUUAAGUAUAUAUUUUUACAAGGUGAGGCAGAGUGUAAAACCACUUAAAGAUCAGAUUGUUCUUUUCAAAAAUAAUGAAGCAUGAAAUCCAUGUCCAGUUUUGUGAGCAAGUGAGCCAUUUAUUUAAAAUUGGCAGCGGCGUUAGUUUUAAUGUACCACCAGCUUCAAUGUAACAAUCAAAAUUAGGGGUGAAUUUGGAAAUCUAGAAUCGUUUGCCUCUCAGGUUCCUUGUGACUUGCAGCUCUGCGGCAGCGAGGUUUCGAUUUGGUUUUGCUUUUUGCGGGUGUACGGAGUGGGCUCCUGUGGGUUGCCGUUGCCGGGUGAAUCAGCUCGGCGUCGGCCUCGUCACUGGCGGCUGCGGCUCCGCUCCCCGCCCCGGAGAGUCAACAGGGCUGCGCCGCCUCACCCUCCUCCCCUCAGGCCGACAUGCCGAGCCGCCGGCUGUUGAUGGCAGCGGCGUGAGAGAUGCCGAGAGGCGGCCUGCAGCGCAGCCGAGUGCCGCUGCCUCGUCCCCCGCCCCGCCGCUGAGCCGCCGCGCUGCCCCCGAGCUCCUCCUCCCGGCCCUUCUCCUCCGACCGACCCGCCGCUUCAUCUGCGUCGUCGCCAGAGCGGGAGAAGGCGGCGGCUGGUGAGACCACCGCCUCGGCCUGAGAAUGGUUUACUUAACUGGAACCAUGCUUACUGUCCAUCCACUGGAGAAUUUGAAGGUGUACAUCAGCAACCGUCCUCCCCUUGUGGUGUUUAUGAUCAGUGUCAGUGCUAUGGCCAUAGCUUUCCUGACAUUGGGAUACUUCUUUAAAAUAAAAGAAAUCAAGUCUCCAGAGAUGACUGAGGACUGGAACACUUUUUUGUUGAAGUUUAAUGAUCUGGACUUGUGCAUAUCUGAGAAUGAAACAUUAAAACACCUCAUUAAUGAAACCACCACCCCAGAGAGCACAGUAACAAGUGGGCAAAUACGAAGUUCCACUCAAUCGCCCCAACUUCUGGAAGAUCCUGGACCAAUAAAUAUUUCUGUUACAAUAACGCUCACACUGGAUCCUUUAAAACCCUUUGGUGGAUACUCGCGUAAUAUUACACAUCUUAGUGCAACUAUCUUUGGACAUCAAAUUGGAUUGACAGGACGAGAAGCACAUGAAGAAAUGAAUAUUACAUUUACAUUACCAACUUCCUGGAAUCUGGAUGAAUGUGUACUCCACAACCACUGUGAGCAGAUGGUUUACACUACUUGUAUGACCAUCACUGCUGCAACUAAUGUUUUCCCUGUCACAGUCCAACCACCACAUUGCAUUCCUGAAACCUACAGUAAUGCCACUGUCUGGUAUAAAAUCUUCACCACAGCUAGAGAUGCAAAUACUAAAUACUCGCAGGAAUACAAUCCAUUUUGGUGUUAUAAAGGAGCAAUUGGGAAAGUCUAUCAUGCACUCAAUCCUAAACUAACGGUCAUUGUGCCAGAUGAUGACCGUUCACUCAUUAACUUGCAUUUAAUGCAUACCAGUUACUUUCUCUUUGUAAUGGUAAUUACUAUAUUCUGCUAUGCGGUGAUCAAAGGACGACCAGGGAAAGUGCGGCAAAACAAUAGUGAAUUCUGUCCAGAAAAGGUUGCACUAUCAGAAGCAUAAAACAGCUUCAUUUUUGGAAGUGGACAGGUUGUAGCAUUUGCACGUUAAGCCCAAGAGAAUGGGCAUUGACGCUUUGAAUGCAGUAUCCUGCAAAGUUGGUUUAUUCCAACCAAAGACGUUUUAAGUGCCUGUACUUACUUUGUACAUAUUUGUAAGGAUAUAUCCAAAACAAAUCCAUCAGUACAUUUUCGCCACAUGCUAACUGCAGUUUUUUUUUAACAUUAAAACAUUUUGCUGUCAUACCAGCCAGGUGUAUAGAAAUGAGGUUCAUGAAGAAUAACAGUGCAUUCGGAAACAAUUUAUUUCCUGUUAAAACUUACUGAACCCUUUUGAAGCUUUGAGUUGCAAGAAUACUUUCAUGAAGGUUGUAUCAAAUAUGUAAAUAAUAUGUUGGAAAUAUGUGCUGUAGUGGUAAAUACUGCAUUUCUGACACCAAUGGUCUGUUAAGUAUUUGGAGUUGAUGUGUAUAUGUGGUUCAGCACAAUUAUCUCUUGUUAAUGCUUGACAGAAAAGUCAUCAUAUUUUGGAAAUUUGAAGAUUAAUGUAUAAUAUAAAUGCAUUUUGGUACUGCUUGAGCUUGCAGGAAAGGGAUAUGGAAUUCAGUGUGUAUUUUACAAUACUGCUGUCCAACAUAAUUGCUUGCUUAGAACUGCCCAGCACUGGCUGUGUAAUGUGUAUGGCUUGCAAGCCUGUGUGCACAUUUUUGUUUCCUACCAUCUUCUAGUCAAAAUGUAUCGCAUGUAUAGUACUGUCAGCAAAAUGAUCCACAAAAUUGCCUUAAUUACCUUCCUAUUUCUAUUGGCCUUUUUGUUGUCUUUGUCCAUAAAUGUUGCAAAAUCAUCAAGUCCCUCUCUAAAUAUACAGUGCUUAUUUUUUCUUGAAUUAAUCUUGCUUAUAAUGAUAGUGAUUUAUUUGAAGUAAGAAACUCCAAACAGUCUCAAUGUAUGGUUUCAGCCCUUGGAAUAAGGUAGACUAUGUGAUCCCAAUAGCUCCUGAAUAUUGUCUUGGCACACUUUAAAUAUCAGUAACAGAUUUGUGAAAUUGGUCUUGCCAAUCUCAACCUUCUAAAUUUCUAAGUUUCUGCAAAAGAAUUUAUCUUGUACAGAACACAUUAUUUUGUUCUGGUAAAAUUGCAGGCCAAAUGAGGAUAAACAGCAUCGACUAUUUUGUUGUAUUUUGCUGUUAGUUUUUCCAUAGUACCUUGGUUACUUCUCAUCAUUCAUUAAGUUUUGAAAUGAGCCUUAGUUAUUUGCUGCACUGAACCUGACCCAAGUGGAUUGUUUGUUCAAUCAUUGAUAACUGUAUGGAUCCAGACAGCAGUGAGAGUUUUUUCAUUUAAAAAGUGUCAACACGUCUCUGUAUCAUAGUGCACUUUUAUUCAUUAUUUUAUUGUCCAAGCAAGUUUCUAUGAGUAUCUAUAUUUCGUACUUUCUGAUGUUUGACUUAGUUUGGAAAAUGAAAGCAUUUGCUGAUUUUUUUUUGUCAGACGAACUUUUCAGAUGAGCGUAUGUUUGAUUGUGUUAGUGCGUAAGUAUGCGGGGAUCAAAUAGUUUAUAGCCUGAGGUUACCUGGUAGAAAGGAACAAAAUAUCCUGGGAAUGCAUGCAAAAUAUGCAGGCAUAAAUUGGGGUGAAUUUAAAAAAAUUUUAGUCCACCAGCCUUGACUGGUGUUUCAGGUUGGCAUGUUAGAUACUCCAUGUCGUACAUGUGGCGCAUCUUUGGAGGUGGCUUAUUCUUUUGCUGCCUUCUGAUUUGAAUUUGGAGAUGUGCUGAUUAAGAGCUAUUGCUUAAACUAAGAUUGAUUGCCUAUGUAAGUGUAAUUUUUAACAGUAGUUGUGGCCUCAAAUCUCAGUUCAUUGGCAAAGUGCCUGAGCACUAGUUAGGAUGCCCUGUAGUUUGUUUAGGAAGGAAAAGCUUUGUGACUUGUAUUGUUGCAUGAAUGUAAUCAUAGCACAUUAUUUUAUGACAAUCUCUCUCAUUUCUGGAAUUACUGUGCUUUUGGUAAGAUUUGCAUAUGCUUUUUGCUGAAUAAAAGGAUCCAGUAAUUUA